GGGGGGGGAGCGAAGAGAAGAGCUGGAUUCUGCUACUAAAUUGUCUGUAUAGGCUACGUUACCUACUGAAGGCGAUGGGGUAUUAAAAAGGUAUAAGAACGGUGCAUUUGCGAUCCAGAAGAAACUGGGUGUCUUCGGGGGGAAAUAGGGGGAAAGUGAGGAAAAAGAAGACGAGAAGCUCAGCCAGUCGAAGGCAAAGCCAAAGAACCGACACUCGCACAAAGGCGCUGGGGGAUUUAUGCGGAAUUGGAGACAGAAUCGGAGGAGCAGCGGUGAAAGAAUGACGAGCGAAAAGUAUGCAACCGCCGUGGUACAUUACCUGAGGUGAAACGAGAAAAUGAUAGAAGAAACACACCCAAACGAUGACAGCUACAUCGUGCGUGUGAAAGCUGUGGUGAUGACGCGGGACGACUCGAGCGGGGGUUGGCUGGCCCAGGACGGGGGAGCUCUGAGCAGGGUCGGGGUCUGCCGCCUCCUUCCGCCAGAGCUGGCGCCCGUGCCAACCUCCUGUAGCUCCCAGUUCCUCAUCCGUGGUGAGCGGCUGCGGGACAAACGGGUGAUCAUGGACUGUCCGUUAAAGAAGGACCUUGUGUACACCAUAGCAACGCCCACGUUUCACCAUUGGAAGGUGGAGGACAGGAAGUGCGGCCUGUCCUUCCAGAGUCCAGCUGACGCCAGAGCGUUCGACAGAGGGGUACGGAAAGCCAUCGAGGACCUGGCUGAAGGCUCCACAACCUCCUCUACAGCACUCCAGAAUGAGGGCGAGCUGGGCGACGACGACGUCUUCACUAACACCACAGACAGCUCAUCCAACUCCUCCCAGAAACUGGAGAGCUCUCUGCAGCCGCUCGAGUCCUCGCCCCUUCCGCAGAGACACAAGUGCAUGCUGGGACAUCGCCACGACCUCCACGACCCCUAUCGGCUCUCAGACCACUACUUCAUGGACCAGCCGUUGUCUCGGCUUCCCCGUCAUGUCACCUUCCAGGAAGACGAGGAAAUCGUCCGCAUCAACCCUCGGGAGCGCAGCUGGGAGCGAACCACCGAGCGUCACUAUGGACGUCAGUCCGAUCGCUCCUGGCUCACGGGCUACGAGGACUACCGCCACGCCACCGUGCGUGACAAGUUCAUCCAAAUGGACGACCCCGAGUCCUACGUCCACUUUGCCAAGACGGAGGCGCAGAAGCAUGACUACACCUAUCCUCUGGCUCCGUCCCUGUCGCCCUCAGACUCUGACCCCGCCCUCGGACCCUUGGUCAAUAAGGGCCCCGGCGGCUCGUAUCGCCAGGGCUUCUCCCCUGUGGUCUCCGCUCAGCCCCGCUCCUUCCUCCCGAGCUCCUCAUCGUCCAAUGGCGGAAAGGGGCGGAAGGAGGAAGGGUUGGAGCGAGCUCAGUGCGAGCACUGCGGCGAGGCCUUUUACGUCUCCGACAACCGGAGAGGCCGGUGCCACGAUGCGCCGGACCCUGUGCGGGCGUGCAUCCAGCGGGCCAGCUGCAUGUGGCUGGCAGACACCAUGCUAUACCACUGCAUGUCCGACCCAGAAGGGGACUACUCGGACCCCUGCUCCUGUGACGGGGGCGAGGGCGGCGGGGGAGGCCGAUUCGGCUCGCGGUGGUUAGCUCUGUUUGGCUUGUCUCUGGUGGCGCCCUGCCUGUGCCUCUACCCUCCUCUCCACGCUUGCCACCGGGCGGGGCUCAGGUGCGGCUGCUGCGGAGGCCGACACAAGGCCCUGAGCUGAGCAGCCGCGCUUGGAAACCUCUCAGAGGAAAACAACAAAAACCUAAACCCAACGCAAGCACAGGGAAAGGGAAGGAUGGGGUAAUACACAGAGGGGACAAGUGGUAGUGGCUGCUCACUCUUUUGCCUUGGUUUCUCUGGGAUUGUCGACAAAUUCCAGACACUGAAAUAAGCCAAAAAAAAACAACUGUUGGUGCAUUUUCUGAACGGCCUGGGAAGAUAAGCUCCCCCUUACGGCAGACAGUUCUCUCAGCUCUCCACGUGGCCAUUUCACGCUCUGUUUCUAGUGAGAGAGCACUCUUUUUCAGGGGGCCUUUAUUUUUUUUAUAGCUGACCUAUAUGUCAUGUAUCACAUAUGCAGGUACUUUAUACUUUGUACACUGACUCGGCGUCAAAGAACUUGAAUUGUUUCUUUGUUCUAUUUUUGUUCUCUCCUUUAUGUACGUGUGGCCAUUUUGUUUAUAUUCUAUUCCAAAAUCAGGCCUGCUCAGCUCAACUCCGGCUACAAAGAGAAAUCAGACACUACACCUCUUUGCGUGUGUGUGAGUGUGGAUGUGUGUGGAUGGUAUAUGUGCAUGCUUACAAUGUGUGCUGAGGCCUUUUGUUGUCUGUACUGCAGCUUAUAGUAAAGCUCAUGUAUAUAGUCUCCAUAGCUCUCCACCAUCGACAUCUUCUUUAACUGAAACAAACGUGGUACUUAUCUUAAUUUUCUAAUAUCCCAAAGAUUCAUGUUUUUAUCCUAUUUAUUUUCUCCCACAACUGACCUACCAGCAAAUAGGUGCUGGGUUGUGAUUCACUCACUGAAUGAGACGGUAGUCCAAGUCCUGCUACAAUAGUCCAGCAUCCGUCUCCCUGCUCCUUUCACGUUAUUUCAAACAGUGCCUAAACUAUCACCUAAACCAGGACCCCAUCCAGUCUUAUAACUCUUGUCAGUUUUUUGGCUUAUUUUACUUAACGUACACUCAAAGUGGUGUGAGAUUAUAAGGCUCUGAUUUCCUCAUUCUUUGCAGAACCUCAGACAGCAGUCCGUGUCACGUCAAGGACUGAAAAAUCAACCAGAGAUACCGUUAAACUUGGUGCCCAUUAUGCCUUAAAAUGUGGACUCUUGCUCCAAACUUUACCCCCGUCCCUCUGAAGAUGUCUGCUAUAAUGAAAAAGCGUGAGCAUAGUUAUGGCUCCAAGCAAUCCGCCUCACCGCGUACUUCUUUACUACUUUCUUUUUGUAAAGAAAAGGAACUCUUAAAAAGCUUCUCAUCAAGUGUGUAAACUAAGGACUCGAGUUUUUGCGAUGUACAAUCAGCCCCGUCGACCUAUGGAGCCCACCAGUCACAGAUGUGGAACAGCAACGUCCUAACUGAUGGUCAUCUGAAUGGUUCAAUGAAUAAAAUGUUUGAAACAUAAAAUCCCCCCACAAAAUGUAUGUUUAAAAAAAACAGAUAUAGCUUUUCAAAUCUGUUUACUAGUGAAAAUGAGUAUAAAAACAUAUAAUUAUGAAUGACCUUUGACACGUACAAUGCCGCUACAGCAAUGUAGUAACUUAUUUCAAACCUAUUUAUAAAAGGUGAACCUACAUGUCAUUCUUUAGUUGUAAAAGGAAUAAUCUAACAUUUAAGGAAGUAUGUGUCUUUUCUUUUUUGCUAAGAGUUAGAAGAGAAGAUCAAUAACACUGUCAUGUCUGUGAGCCCGGAGGUGGUUAGCUUAGCAUAAAUACUGGAAACGAGUAAAUCUAGCCUUGUUCUGUCCAAAAGUACCAUAAUCCAACUACUCGUAAAAAGCUCAUUAACUAACCUGUUUAAUCUGUGCCAAACACAUUAUGUGCCGGACUAUUUCUUGGCCCGGCACUGGCACGGUAACUCCCCCCAGUUAGAAAUUGUUCAAACGAGAUACAAAUUAGAUAUGACAUGUUAAUUAGUGAGCCAAGCUAGUUGUUUAGUCUUAAUGCUAAGAUAAUUGCCUCUUGGCUGCUUUGCUCUUAACGAACUCUUAACAAGAAAGCAAAUAAUACGACUAUUUCCAAAAAUGGCAAACUUCCUUUUUAAGGCCAAAAUAAAAACAAAUAUAAGAGACAACUUGCUGAAACCACAGUUGCAUGUGACUGGCGGGCGCUAUCCUUCUGUCCUACAGCAUAUUGGUUUUCCUCCAUGCCAGACUUGGUACGUCAUCACGCCCGCAAAGGGUAAUGUGAGAUAUUCCGCAACAGCUCAACCGAGAAAGAAACCGUUACUGUUUGUUUUGUGUGUGUGUGUGUGUGUGUGUGUGUGUGUGUGUGUGUGUGUGUG